CAAUUAAAUAAAAAAUAUAUAUUUUUUUUUCAUUUUAAAAAUAUUGUAUUGAAACGAAACGGAUAGUUUCUCGUCUUACUUAAUGCAUGAGACCUACUUACAAGUGUUACAACCUCCGAGUCCGAGUCCGAUCCAUCCAUCUACUUUAUAUUUUUUAUAUUUUUUUAUUUGUUACUGUAUUAAUAUUGAUCCGCAAUAUCUCAUCUUCACACAUAUAGUAAUGCAUGUACAAGAAGAUUUUUAUGGCAAUUUGAAUAGCCGCCGUAUGUAAGAAAUUAAUGGGAGGUUUAUACUGUAUUAUGGAGUAUAAUAAAUCAGCCCUAAAUAUCAUAUUUUUACUUGUUUAAGGGUUUUUUACUUUGUCCUUUCCUUGUCUUUUUAAUUAGUAAUCCACAACUAGUUUUACUAAACAGUUGACAUUUGUUUGAAUCAACAAUUUUAACGAUUAAUCUCUAACUUAGUAACUUCAAAUAACAUUAAACAAUUACUUAGUGCUCAUGACAUGACAAAUAAUUUUGUCAAACAGGCUAAAACACUUUUUAUAUACCACUUGCAUGUUAAACAUUCUGAUUGAUCAAAUUUAAUUUAAUUUUAAAAUAAGUGUAGGACCAGGUUGCCCAUAAUAGUAAUAAUAUGCAAAACCAAUAAAUUAAUUAAAAGAGGGUCAAAAGAAUUAAAUCUCCUCUAAUUAAAUAGUAUUAUGGAUUUAUGGUAUUGAUUAACUUAAUUAAUUCUUGUUAAGUGCACAAGUUUAAAUCGGGGAAUGACGCGUGCAAGUUGACGGCGCCUCCGAAGGAGAAACCUUUUUGGUCGAAGAAAUUUUAAUUACUAUAAAAACAAACAUCCUUCUUAAUUCUGAAAUUAAGCCAAAUUACAAACCCAUCUCUCUAAUUUCCCCUUAAGCCUUAUUUCUUCCUACUUGCACAACUAGUUCGUGCAAGAAUAAAGUUUGUAUUGAUCAGGAGAAGAAAAUGGGAGAUACAAGGUUAAUAGUACGCGAUCAUGAUAAUGUUAUCAUUAAUGAUAAUGAACAUAAAGGUAGCAAAGGUCAUGUAUCUUUGACAUGGAAAGAUUUAUCAAUAACAGUCACGGGUGGUGGUGGUGAUGGUGGGCGACAGCCUAUCUUAGAAAGUGUCUCUGGCUAUGCUCAACCUGGUCAGGUUUUAGCUGUUAUGGGCCCUUCUGGUUGUGGAAAGUCCACUCUUUUGGAUGCUUUGGCUGGCAGGUUAGGUUCAAACACAAGGCAAACAGGAGAGAUUUUGAUUAAUGGUCGUAAACAAACUCUUGCUUUUGGGACUUCGGCGUAUGUGACUCAAGAUGACACACUAAUGACAACACUAACGGUAAAAGAAGCAGUAUACUACUCAGCUCAGCUUCAAUUACCUGAUUCAAUGACAAAAUCUGAGAAAAUCGAACGAGCUAAUGACGCGAUUAGAGACAUGGGAUUGCAAGGUUGUGUCAACACAAGAAUAGGAGGUUGGAGUGUAAAAGGUCUUAGUGGUGGACAAAAGAGAAGAGUUAGUAUUUGCAUUGAAAUCUUGACUAGGCCAAGGCUUUUGUUCUUAGAUGAGCCUACUAGUGGCCUUGAUAGCGCGGCUUCUUACCAUGUCAUGAGCCGAAUCAUCAAGCUUGCGAAACAGGAUCAAAGGACGGUUAUUGCUUCAAUUCAUCAACCUAGUAGUGAAGUCUUUGAGCUAUUUCAUAAUCUUUGUCUACUCUCUAGUGGAAAGGUUGUCUACUUUGGUUCGGCUUCAGCUGCUAAUGAGUUUUUCGCUUUAAGUGGAUUCCCCUGCCCAACCAUGCGAAACCCUUCUGAUCACUACCUAAGAACCAUCAACAAGGACUUCGAAACAGCUGAUAUUGAACAAGGAUUAAAUGGGAAACAGAGCACUGAAGAAGUUAUAAACACUCUUGUGAAUUCAUACAAAACAUCACAAACUUACCAAGAAGUUCAACAGCACAUUUCAAUGAUAUGCCAACAGGAGGGAAGUUCCACUGAAUCGAAAAGGAAACAUGCUAGUUUUAUAACUCAAUCGAUUGUUCUUACCAAGAGGUCUUUUGUGAACAUGUACCGCGACUUGGGAUACUAUUGGCUUAGACUUGGAAUCUACAUUGCUCUUUGUUUAUGUGUAGGGACUAUAUUUUAUGAUAUUGGCCUCUCUUAUGGCUCUAUUCAGGCUAGAGGAGCAAUGCUCAUGUUUGUCGCAGCUUUCCUGACUUUUAUGGCAAUUGGAGGGUUUCCUUCAUUCGUCGAGGACAUGAAGAUAUUCGAAAGAGAAAGACUCAACGGACACUACAGCGUUGCAGCCUACACAGUAGGGAACACAAUAUCAUCCAUCCCUUACUUGAUCAUCAUAUCUCUAAUCCCAGGAGCAAUGGCUUACUAUCUAGUACACCUUCAAAGAGGAUUCGGCCACUUUGUAUACUUCGCAUUAGUACUAUUUAUGUGCAUGAUGUUAGUCGAAAGCCUAAUGAUGAUAGUUGCAAGCUUAGUCCCGGACUUUCUAAUGGGUAUAAUAACCGGGGCAGGAAUUCAAGGUGUGAUGAUGCUAAAUGGAGGGUUUUUCCGAUUGCCUAAUGACCUCCCUAACCCCUUCUGGAAGUACCCUAUGUACUACAUUGCGUUCCACAAGUACGCGAAUCAAGGGUUCUACAAGAAUGAGUUUGAAGGACUGACAUUUCCGAAUGCUCUAGUUGGCGGUACAGCAACCAUUACAGGAGAAGAGGUGCUUAAAAACUUGUGGCAAGUUGAAAUGGGGUACUCAAAAUGGGUAGACCUUGCAAUCUUGUUUGGUAUGGUUGUGAUUUACAGGCUAAUGUUUUUGGGAAUUAUUAAGGCUACUGAAAAACUGAAGCCCGUGAUUAGAGCUUUGAUGUCUGGUCCUCAAUAUUCCAAACAAAUCCAGCAAAAUUCUUAGCAUAAUUCUAAGCAUGUUUUUUUAUUAUUUAUUUAUUUAUAUUUUAAUAUAUGUAUUUUUUUUCCCUUUAUUUUUGCUAAAUGUGAGGUUUUUUUUUUUUACUUUUUAUACUAGUAAAUUUUGUGUAAAACUAUAAAUUCAAUUUGGAAUGAAAAUUAAGUUUGGGUUUUA